GAUAAAUAAUAUAAGUGAAUAAAAGUUAUCUAUCCUCAUUUCGUUCCUCGAGUGCGUCGAUCUAGUAUUUGUUCAUUUUUCUUAAUUCGUGAUGAUUUUGAAAGUGAGUUCUAUUUUGAUCGCUUUGAUCCUUUGUCUUGAAGGAAUACAAGCAGGAAAUAACGUGCUAUGUUACUACGGCUCAUGGGGCGCAAGCCGACCAGGUAACGGAAGCAUCUAUUCCAGGGAUAUACCGGCAGAGUUAUGUACCCACAUUUUCUACGCCUUCCUUGGACUCCACGAGAACGGGACGCUCAAAAUUGCAAAUUACUCGCUCGACAUCGAGGAGGGGAAUCUCAGGGGGCUCAGCGACCUGAAGAAGAUCAAUCCCGAUUUGAAAACGAUCUUCAGCAUUGGCGGAGCGGCUGACAAUACCGGUGAUAUAGGAUUGAUUGCAGAUGACCCGGUGAAGCUGGAGAAUAUGGCGCAGAGUGCUAUAGAUUUCUGCAAAGAGUACAACUAUAACGGAAUCGACGUGGACUGGGAGUAUCCGAAUAAAAAUGAAACAUUCAUCUCGCUGUUGAAACAUCUCAAAGAAAGACUAGAACCACACGGAUUACUACUGACUGCAGCAGUUGACCAACUACCUUUCAACGCUCCUUAUGACGUGGUCAACAUGACCAAAUACUUGGACCUCAUCAAUGUUAUGUCGUACGAUUUUCACAGUCCCUACUAUCAAACAGGCCAGAACUCGCCCUUAUACUCAUCUCCGUUGGAAGGAGAAUGGCAGAGGGAUAAUCUGAAUGCAAAUUCCAGUAUGGUUCAUUGGCUCGAAUACGGGGCAAUCAAGGAAAAAUUGGUCAUGGGUUGUGGUUUCUACGGAAAAGCUAUGAUACUCGAAGAUGCGGCCAAUCAUGGUUUGAUGGCUCCUGUUAAGACUGCUAACAAUCCAGGGCCGUACACAGACAACAUUGGAACUCUCGGAUACAAUGAGCUCUGCGAUUUCCAUAUGAAAAGCGCUACUGUUACCUGGGACGAUGACCAGAAAGUCCCAUAUCUAUAUGAAGGAGAUCUAUGGGUGGGCUAUGACGAUGAAAGAUCUGUGGCAUUAAAGGCCCAAUACGUAAAAGACAACAAUCUUUUUGGUCUGAUGAUGUGGUCUGUGGAAACUGACGAUGCCCAUGGAAAUUGUGGAAAUGGAAAAUGGCCUUUGUUGAACUCUAUCAACAAAGUAAUGAAAGGGAGUUCUUAAUUGAAAAUUUUGUGUAUUGAAUAAAGAGAAUUUAGCCCA